UCGAUCGACCACGUUCUUUCCUCUUCUCCAGGUUCGAGCAGCUGCGAAUUAAGAUCCUGGGCGAUUGUUACUACUGCAUCAGCGGGGCACCGAUAGAGAGGCCGGACCACGCUGUCCUCUGCGUUUACAUGGGCCUGUCCAUGGUGGAGGCCAUCAAGUACGUGCAACAAACGACCAACAGCCCCGUCGACAUGAGGGUGGGAAUACACACAGGGGCCGUGCUCGCGGGCGUCCUCGGCCAGAGGCAGUGGCAAUUCGACGUGUACAGCAAGGACGUCGAGUUGGCCAACAAGAUGGAGAGCAGCGGAAUGGCGGGGAGGGUGCACAUCUCGAACGCGACGCUGAGCUUCCUGAAUGGGGAGUUCGAGGUCGAACCGGCUCACGGCGAGGACAGAGAAGAGGCACUCCAGAAGGCGGGGAUCGUCACUUACUUCAUAGUCCGCGCGUUGAAGCCCUUCAUACCGGCUGUGACCAAGAGUCUGGCCUCGCUCACGGACGCGGAGAACAGCAGGAGGGCGAUGGAGAACUUGGGGGAUGGGAGGAACAACAAGGAGGACUCGGAGGAAUUUAGGCAGAGGCUGAGGAAGGAGCUCGACAGCAAAAGUAAACAAAUUGAGACCAUCGUUUUUAGCCGUCGAUCGCCACAACCGCUUCCUUCUUCUUCUUCUUCUUUUUUCUCUUUUUUUCUUUUGUAAAUGCAUCUGAUCGA